CCACAACCGCUCACAAGCCCCAAAAAAAAUUCCCUAAGCGAAUUUCUCGAGAGCCGACAUCAAGAGAGAGAAAUUCAAUCAACCUCCAUCACACUCUAACAUUUCUCCUCACCACACGACAACACCGGCAAGAUGGGUCACGCCGCAGGUCUCCGCGCUGGUACUCGAUACGCCUUCUCUCGAAACUUCCGAGAGAAGGGUUCGAUCCGCCUCUCCACCUACCUACAACAGUACAAGGUCGGCGAUAUCGUUGACAUCAAGGCCAAUGGUGCUGUUCAGAAGGGUAUGCCUCACAAGGUCUACCACGGCAAGACCGGUGUCAUCUUCAACGUCACCAAGACGGCCGUCGGCGUCAUCAUCUACAAGAAGGUGAGGCACCGGUACAUCGAGAAGCGAAUCAACGUCCGCAUCGAGCACAUCACCCGAUCGCGAUCAAGAGAGGAUUUCCUCAAGCGCGUCAAGCAGAACGCCGAGCUCAAGAAGCAGGCCAAGGCCAACGGUACCACCGUCACCGUUAAGCGACAAGCUGCUCUUCCCCGCGACGCCCGAACAGUGUCCAUGAAGGACAACCGACCCGAGACGGUGACUCCCAUCCCGUACGAGACGACCAUCUAAAAAGGGUAAAUCAGAUGGUGGUGCGUGGGGUGGUGGUGAUGGUGUUUCUGGGUUCUCUGCCGGUUGCUCUUUUCUCAUCGCAUUAGGGGUUUUUCGCGGCCUGGAAUCUCGAUCUUCUGUGCAUGGCAAGGCAUGGAUGGACAUAGGCAAUGCCUAGGAAUGACAAAAAUAUACCAAAUGCCAAGAAUUGUUUCCAAGUUCGUGACUGAGUGCUACCAUAUUCCUACUUUAAUUCCUCACUAUCAUCUACGUAUCGAGACAACAAGCUUCAGAG